AUGUCGGCCACAAGCACUCCUGGCAGUGCGUCCGCGCCCAAAUCCAUGUCGUCAAGGCUUCUCACCAUGAAAUUUAUGCAAAGAGCAGCAGCUUCUCCACCCUCCUCACCUUCCACUCCAGACGAACCUCCCACGAAGCGCCGGAAAAAAGGAACCGACUCAUCACCUUCGAAGUUCGACGUAGACGCUCUGGCGGAUCAACGAGCCAUACAAAAAGCAUUAGCAGACGAGGAAGUAAAACGGCAAGCAGCACUCGACCGGCAGGCUGUGGAAGCUGGGGAUACACGAUGGGUAUUGAGCUUUGAGGAUCAAAAGCAGAGGGCUGCGUCUCCAGCGUUGGCCUUAUGGGUGGUGCCAACGGGUUACGCAAAUCUAGACAGCUUACCAUCACUGCAAGUUCGAUCUAUGGAGGAGGAGCACGAGGAUAAACCUAUUGUUGUAGGACGACGGAGCUAUGGGAAAUUUAAUAAGGUUUUGGAGAAGCAGCAGGAUCCAGAAGCAGAGGAUUCUUCGGAGUCUGAUUCUGGUGAGGAGGAGGACGAGUCCAACAGUGGCGGCGAAUCCGAUGAUGACGAUCCUUCGAAGGGCUAUUAUAAUGACUCCCGGGAGACUGAGGCUAUAGACCGACUUAAAAAGCAACGGAAAGCGCAGAAACACAAAGAGAAAGCCGCUUUGCUGAAGCAAGGGAAGGAUAGGAAGAAGAAAGAGGUCAAUUUGAAUGGAUUGACUUCUCUAUCUGGAAAGGCCACCCCACAAAAGGGACCUUGCCACCAGUGCGGAGGACCACACUUCAAACGAGAAUGUCCCGAACUAUCUAGUGGAGACGGAUCACGUUUUAAAGGCAAGAGAGGUUUUCAAGGAGGAGACGAAGGACCACCUCGGAAAACUAUGAGGGCGCGGUGA